UCCCGACCCCGACGCCGCGACGGUCCAUCCCGCUACUACGCCAUGCUCCUUCUUACUUCCUUCUCAUCCAUCAACUUCGAACGCACGCUUUGUCGUACAGUUUUUUGGUUAUUUUGUGAUUUUUCUUCGUCAGUGAGUCACGGUGGAAAAGUAUCAAGGUCGACUGAUCCUAAUGUAAAUUUGUGCCUCAGUCUUAAUGUAUCAAAGUGGAUAUCCUUAUCGCGUCGAGAUGAUGCCGACGCCGGCGACGCGCCUAGUUGAGUUUCUCGAAAAAUACAUAAUUUCGUCAUUGUGUCUGAAAGGAUAAACACCGCGCGCCGAAAUCAGUGCCAAUAGGUUCUCGUGAUAGUAGGCUAGCGAGCGCCGCGCGAGGUCUAAGUAGGAGAGCGCUGGGCCGGCGGCGGGCGCGCAGGCGCGACGCAACAGUUAUAUCCCUGACGAGUGACGGUCCCGCGUCCUCACUCGCGGCCCGAUCGUCUCCUAGUCUGGACGCGACUCGUGAAACCCAGAAGUUACGCUAUUGCCGCGCGCUCUCAGCUUCUACCUUUUGCCUUCUUUCAUGUAUGCUUCUCCCGCUUCGUAUGAACUUCAGUGCUCAGUGACACUCAUGUUUAGUUUUAAGUAGUUCUUCGAUUAGAUAUAUUUAGUCAUUAGUUUAGUGAUGAAGUGAACUAUGUAGGUAAUAAGAUUAUUUAGUGCUUCUAAUAAUUAGGAUUAGUUAAGUGAAGUGAACAAAACCAUACUAACGUUUAUGUGUGUGGACAAUGAAGUGGCAGGGACGCUUUAUUUGUGAAUAGUUAUAAGUAUUUGUGAAGAUAGGUAACUAACUGAUGGACAACAUGUCGUUGCCUAUUAAGCGUUCGUUCAGUUCCGAGGGGGGGGCCACCUCCAAGCGCGACUGGAAAAUGCGGCUCAGUCUACGCAGUCGCAGCGGACACAGCGUGGAGGCGCUGCGCGGGCGGCGGUGCGCGUCGCUGCGGGCGGCGGCGGCCCCCGCGCGCGGCGCCGCUGACGACUCCGGCCGCAGCACGCCCUCGGCGCCGCACCGCGCCUCCCCCUCCCCGGCCGACACGCCCGCUCCCAAGAAGUCCAACUGGGAAGUUAUAGAACAUUUCUCUUCUAAUCGGAGCACCAAGAGCCCUUCUACGGCAGAAACGGAGGGCGGGGCCACUCAGCCAGCGCCGGCGCAGCUCCCGCUGUGCCCGGCCGGCAAACCGGACAUCGAGGCGCAGCCGCUACUCAAUGACGAGAGCCGGGCGGAAGGCGCGGCCGGCACGAGCACCGCGCUGGUGCCCGACGACGAGGAGCAGCGGACCUGCUUCAAGCAGUGCGUCAGCUCCUGUCCUCCGCCGGUCCGCGCCAUGUGUGCCUCCAACCGAUUUGACAACUUACAUGUGGAGAUGUUGUACCAACGCUACUUUCUCCGCAUGAACCAGACGAACAUGACGCACCUGCUGGGGUUGCUGUUGACCGUCGCCGUCGGCCUCAUGGUGGUGCAAGUUCGGACGCUACUCCUUGCUCAGAACUUCCUGGGAGAACUCAUACCGUUCCCAUUCGUAUUGAGCAGUACGGAACCUAAUCUAGAGCCGCUGGAGUUCUUCACGCAGUACCCGCGCUCGGGCACGCUCAGCGACUCGCAGUCCUUCGACGACACCGACCCGUCCCACUACAAGCGGAUCUACUACGAGAAGGAGCGGGUCGCGCACAUCAUCAACGUCAUCGUGCUCGGACUCAGCGCUCUGGUCUUUGCCUGCCUGCUGGCGUGUCUGAGCCGUCCCGCCAUGAAUGAGAUCUACCUGCUCACCAUCUCUUAUGUGGUGCUCGUCGCAUUCCUGCUCAUUGAAUUCUCAUUUGCCGGAACUUCAGUACUGCGGUCGUUAACAGUGAGCACGGGAGCAUGUUCGCUGUUCACGUAUGUGACGUACGCGACGCUCCCGGUGCGACUCCACGAGGCCACCAUCGGCGGUCUGGCGCUGGCCGCCGUCAACAUCGGCGCGCAUCUGCUACUCGACAACUCAUCUGACAUGCAGCUGUACUGCACGAUCGCGACGCUGAUCGCGUGCAACGCGGCCGGCAUGCUGACGCACCAGCCGCGUGAGCUCGCCCAGCGCCGCGCCUUCCUCGAGACCCGAGACUGCGUCGAGGCGCGCCUCCUCACGCAGCGCGAGAACCAGCAGCAGGAGCGGCUGCUGCUGUCCGUGCUGCCGCGCCACGUCGCUAUGGAGAUGAAAGCGGACAUCGCGAGCCAACCACGCCACGAGCAGUUCCACAAGAUCUACAUUCAGCGCUACGAGAAUGUCAGCAUCCUGUUCGCGGACAUCUGCGGCUUCACCUCCCUCUCGGACCAGUGCACGGCCGAGGAGCUAGUGCGGCUGCUCAACGAGCUGUUCGCCAGGUUCGACCGGCUGGCGGCGGAGCACCACUGCCUGCGCAUCAAGCUGCUCGGCGACUGCUACUACUGCGUGUCCGGGCUGCCCGAGGCGCGCGACGACCACGCCAAGUGCUGCGUCGAGAUGGGACUCGACAUGAUCGACGCCAUUGCGCUGGUGCGCGAGGUGAUGGCGGUGAACGUGAACAUGCGCGUCGGCAUCCACACCGGCCGCGUGCACUGCGUCGUGCUCGGCCUCCGCAAGUGGCAGUUCGACGUGUGGUCCAACGACGUCACCCUCGCCAACUACAUGGAGAGCGGAGGAGUGGCCGGCCGCGUGCACAUCACGAAGGAGACGCUCUGUUGCCUCGGCGACGACUACAAGGUGGAGCCGGGACAUGGCGGCUAUCGGAACGCAUACCUCAAGGACCACAACAUCGAGACCUACCUCAUCGUGCCUGACGACACCAGCCGAGUGGACAAGAAGCCGCAGCACUCGUUCGCUGUGAACGGGAACGUGUCGAAGGAGAUGCGCGUCAUGGGACACGGCUCGCAGCACGGCAAGCACUCCUCCAAGAUGGGCGCGGACGCGGGCGCCGACAACAAGAAGCCCGAGGACGAAGUUAACGAGUACCUGAUGAAGGCGAUCGACGCGCGCUCCAUCGACCGCCUGCGCGCCGAGCACUGCCGCCCCUUCACGCUCACCUUCCGCGACGCCCACCUCGAGAGGAAGUACACGGCGGAGCGCGACCGCAUGCUGAAGGUGUACUUCUCGUGCUCGCUGGUCGUGUACACCGCCGUGCUCAUCGUGCAGCUGCUCGCCUUCAACAUGACUCCGAUUGGCAUCGCGACCAUGAUCCUGUGCGGAAUUAUUGUUGUAUCUGUUACGUACUUGAUUUUCGCCAUUGACUUGAAGUUCGCUGGUGGCAAGUUGAAGAGGAUAUCGAAACGCGUGCACAACAACCGCACUCUCGCUCAGCUGAUGUCGUUCAUCGUGGUCGGCGCGGUCAUCCUGCAGAUACAGGUCGUCAUGGUGCAAGAGGUGCUCGGCGUCACCAACAACACGAACGUCCCGUCGUACGAGAACAGCGGCGGCAACUGUCCCUACGACAUGAACGAGCAUUACUUGCAAGUGACCCUGAUGGCGAUGUUCCUGUGCGCGGUGCACCAGAUACUGAUCACGAUGGUGAAGGUGCUCCUGCUGCUGGUCGUGUGCGUCACGUACGUGGCGGUCACCACGCAGGAACAUCUCUAUUACCGGAACCAUUUCUACGACUAUCAGCACCGGUGCGGCCUGGACUGGAAUCAGCAGUGGACCAACAUCGCCAUAGCGCUGGGCGCCACCGUCGCGCUGCUGCUGCACUCGCAACAAACAGAGAGCACCUACAGACUCGACUUCAUCUGGAAGCUGCAGGCCAAUGAAGAGAAAGAGGACAUGGAGCACCUGCAGGCGUACAACCGCAAGCUGCUGGCCAACAUCCUGCCCGAGCACGUCGCGCAGCACUUCCUCUGCAGCGACAAGAACAUCGACCAAUUCGACGCGCAGGAGCUCUACCACGAGCAGUGCGACUCCGUCUGCGUCAUGUUCGCCUCCAUCCCGAACUUCUCCGAGUUCUACGUGGAGCUGGAGGGGAACAACGAGGGCGUCGAGUGUCUCCGCCUCCUCAACGAGAUCAUCGCAGACUUCGACGAGAUCCUCGCCGAGGAGCCGUUCAAGUACAUCGAGAAAAUUAAGAGCACCGGAGCUACAUACAUGGCUGCUUCAGGCCUCACCAACUCCACUCAGGACCUGGUCGGGUACCGGCACGUGACCGCCAUGGCGGACUACGCGCUGCGUCUCCGCGAGCAGCUGCAAUACGUCAACGAACAUUCGUUCAACUGCUUCCGCAUCCGGAUAGGCAUCAACAUCGGGCCCGUGGUGGCGGGGGUGAUCGGCGCCCGCAAGCCGCAGUACGACAUCUGGGGCAACGCUGUGAACGUCGCCUCCAGGAUGGACUCCACCGGACUGCUGGAUCACAUUCAGGUGACGCAGGAAGUGUACGACAUCCUGUCGGCGCGCGGGUACAAGCUUCGUUGCCGCGGCACAGUCGACGUCAAAGGCAAAGGGAACAUGGUCACGUACUUCCUCGAGGGAGUCGGCGACUCCAUCCCCGACGACAUAUACAAUAAUCCCAUUCCAUCAACAUCAAGCGAGGGCGCCGUGCCUCCCCGUCCUGAACACCGCCCUCUGGACACUCUGUCGGAGGCACACACCGAUGAGGACGGCGGCCCCUCUCCGAGAGCUUCCAUCCCUAUGGAGGUUGCAGAGAGCGAGACGGCGUCGUCGUCGGCCCGCGUGGCGUCCCGUUCCCGCGAGAGUGUGAGCAGCGCGGCGAGCGCGGUGCGGGAGCGAGUGCGCCGACGACUGCAGCGCCCUCUCUCUCUCGCGGACGACGACGCCUUCCCCAGCCUCAUCUCACUCGUUAACGCUAAGGCUUACUCCGCCGACUUCGACUCGGCCUUCCGCCACGAAGAAACUCUACGCGAGAGGCCCUCGCAGCCCCGCACCAGCAAGGCGACCAGUCUCGCCGACUUCAUCUUCAAGAGGAGGCCCAACAAGUCGCAAUUGAACGCUGUCCACGUCAUCGAGAACCCGAUGAAUGCCAUGGACGACUUCGACUCGAACUGCUCCGCGACCACUACAUUCUCUCCCGUCUAAAUACUUCACUCCACACGUACAUUUUAUCUACCAUCGCACCCGGGAAACAUUUAAAUAUAUAUAUAUAUAUAUAUAUAUAUAUAUAUAUAUAUAUAUAUAUAUAUAUAUAUAUAUAUAUAUAUAUAUAUAUAUAUAUAUAUAUAUAUAUAUAUAUAUAUAUAUCAAUUUCUCAAGUAAGAGGAAUAUCCUGGGAUAAACGUAUUAUUUGGACAUGAUAAUUUAACAUGUUCAUUAGGUUUAGUCUAGAUUCUGUAAAGUCUUGUCCGAGACCGACAAGACUCGCUCUGGUGGCGCAGCGCCAGCCUCGCGCCCCGGACUUACCUACGAAUUUAUUGAUAUUAGAUAUUGUCACUUGUGCAACUAGAAACUGUUCACAUGCCCUAUUAGAGUCUAGAAGUUAGUUAGGUCGAAUGUUGCUGCCUCAGUCGAGAGCUCGUGAUGUCGGAGUCGGCGCCGCUGCAUUUAUUAUGUUAAGUUUAGUUUCUAUGCAUUAUACAUAUUAUAUUUGUUGAAGUCCUCUUGUGGUUAACUUUUCGAAGGUCUUCGAUUCCCUAAAUUGAUAAUCGCGGUCGUGGUCGCGAAGACGCGCGCUCGGAGCGCUGGCUACUUGCUCUAAACAAUACUAUCGGCUCGCGUUAACAUUAUAUUUAAUGUACUGUAUGUAUUACCGGAGUAGUAGUCGGCUAUGAAAAGCGGGUCCCAUGCGUCGUGCGUCGUGCGUCGUGCGUCGUGCGCGCCCUGCUGCAGUAUCGCUGUCCGCACAGACACGUGCUCGAACACGUGCGCGUCGCCGCUUAGCGUCCCGUGCCGCAUUCACAUCCGCCCCUCGAGUGGCUGAAGUCACGACUAAAGCACAAUAAAUUCAAUAUCAAUAUUUACGUGUUAGAGUCACUGACGUUACGUGAAGUAAUAAUAGAAUUAAACAUUUGUAUAGAAUAUAAAUGAACAUAUUAUUAUUAUGUACAUAAUACUUUAAUUUAGAUGGUUAAUUGUUGAUGAGGUGACAUAAUAAGUGACAUAAGUAUUAAGUACUCUGGAUAGUUUUGAAGCCAUAACAACAAUCUCAAGGUUAGAGUAGGGAGUGACAAUGUCUGUUAGUGCACGAGAGCGCUGCACACUUAGGCUAGUACAUUAAAAAGGAAGAAGGCGUUUCUCUUGUUAGAUUUAAUCAAUAUCUCAGUAGAUAUUUAGAAUAUUUUUUUCCAACAGUACGCAAAUUGUACUUUCCUCUCACGCUCAUCUGCAGGAACUACUGCACCCUGCACCCUGCACCCUAGACCCUAGAUCCUACAACACUUUGUGAAUCAAUUCCGUGCCGUUCUCUUCUUAGUAGGAAUUCAUACGAUAUUCAGUAAUCGUCUCUCAAGGUGGCAAGUGAGAGAGCCACUUCCCCGUCACAGACACAGUCAGUGCCCACCAUUGACGCUAGUUUGUCUACUACGAGUAUAAGAGAGCUUCGUGUCUAACGAGCCCCGCUCCGAGCUUGUCCUCGUUCGUUUAACUGAACUCACCUGAUGAUGAUGAUCUGCAGUCCCUCGGAGCGCUCACUAUACUUUGGGAUGCAUUAUUUAGAAGCUAAAUUAUUUCUAGCUACUUCCACUUUCUUUCAGUCUACCGCCAGCUAGGAUUCAACUGCUUCACUUUCAGAAAUGAGCGCUCUAAUCUUAGAAUAAUAUUGAUAGUAUUAAACAAUUGUAACCAGUAUUAGUAUUAACAUUGUUGUAUUAUUGUAUGCAUUAGAUACAAAAAAAGGAUAAAAUAAAUGAAAAAAAAAAUCAAGUAGAAUAGAACUAGUUAGAAGUGAAGAAGAAGAUUAGAAUGGAGAACUAUGAAUGUAGGUUUUUUUUUCCUACCUAUUUGCUGGUAACCUAGGGGGCUAUUCUAGCUACGUGCGGACUGCUAGGUGAGUUCACGGGCUCAACCUAAGAGAAUUUGCUAACACUAGCCCUAGCAAGAGCAGUGCUUCACAGAAUCUACCAUUGGAUCGGAAAAAUGACCUACUGAGAAGAUUCGGGCGAGAAACUCAGUGGACUAAUAUAAGUAUUGAUGGGUGUUGUGUAAAGAGUACCCCUUUUGCUCGCGAACCCGAGAACUUUACAGCACAGACGAGUCGACGGGAACUAACACACUAAGAAAGGAACAGAGAAAGAGAGAGGGGGGGGAGAAAGAGAGGGGGAGAGAGAGAGGGGGAGAGGGGGGGGAGAGAGAAAGAGAGAGGCUAGGUUAGAUAACUGUUACUUAACACUGUCAUAGGUUAGCUAACGUUUCCGUUUGACUGUGAUGUCUAUUAUUUUUAUUAGUUUUGUAAUAUACCUAAUUGUAAUAUUGAUUAUUUUGAUCGCUCAGAAGCAUAGAGUAGAUUGUUUGUUAAAAAGGUCGGGAUUCUCGUAAUAUUUGUUUUAACUUAGCAUAGGUACAUAAUUAGGUUAUACGUGUCGUUCGUCGUUCGACAAGGCACGGCGACGGACGCACCUGUGGUGGCGCGGACACGUCUAGGACGGCCUGGCUCACCGCUCGGGCGGACCCACCCGCCCUCUUGCUCCUCCACAGUGCUCGUGUCAUGUAAACACGUUCUCUUCUAUCACUGUAUACACAUAUACAUACUAUAGUUGUAUAUUUAACUUCAUAAUCUUUAAUCUUAAAUUACCAACAGUCUAUAACUUUCAACUUUACAUUAGUAAGCUCAUUUCAAAUAUCUACUACUUUCCAGAUUGUAAAUUGUGUCAAAAUUACUCAAAAUAAGUAAUAAAUAAAAGAUACACGUAAUAAAUGAUUAAAAUGUAAUUAGUGACGUUUUAAAAUCAACUACCUAUGAAUUAUUAUGUUUCUCUGAAACUUUUCAAUCUGGAUUGAACGCGUCGUUUAGUGUUCGCCAUUCGUAUCCUAGGAACUACUCCGCAGCCGCAUCGGUUGCUACGAUACAUGCCCGCCCCUGUCUGUCCGGUGUAUUAUUACAAUUUCCUCGAAUAUAUUGUUCUAGUGGAUGUGCCCUUGCCGUGUCCCUAUUUACAAAAUAAUGUGACGGAUCUUGUACAUUAAUGUAAUACUUUUCAAGUUGUAUUCAUGACACUUCACACUUGCGUACGAUAACAAAACAAAAUGAUUGUUAUCGCUUGUUACUGUAUAUAUAAUACUGGUGUCGUAUAGCCGCGAGGUAUGCGCGAGAGUCUGCCCUAACGAGCUGCCAGCGCGCCGCGUUACCUGUUGGCUGUUGUUGGCGAAUGAAUCUCCAUACAAACUUUGUAUAUUAUCAAACAACAGUCGGUUCUACCUCUUGGUCAGCGUACCUUGUACAAUCGUAGUGUUAAAACGUGUAGGUAUUCGAUGUCGUUUGUAAUUGUUAUGCUCGGUUAGUCGUACAUAUUAGUAGUGGGGUCUGCGUAGGUACUUGGCGCAGCUAAUCUUUACGAAUUGUUAUUAAAUUGUGCAUUACGUAUGUUCGUUUAUUAAAGUUUAUAAAAUACAAAAUGUAAAUCAUCCAACCGUAGUUUGUGACCAGCUGCUCGACCCCGAAUCGUAUCGCCUCAUUUACUAUGCGUACUCGUACUGCGUAAUGUUAUCCAAGCACCUUUAUAACUAUUCCGCUUUGUUUAUAAAAUAGUUAAAAUCUUUAUAUUUAUGUGAGACUGGAGACAAAGACGGAUCGAUGGGAUUCAGGAAUAACUCGUUAAAUAUUUGCCGGAAAUUGUACGUCUCUUAUUCGCAAUAUGAAUGAUUUACAAUGAAAGCUUGCGCAUCUUGCCGCAGCAUGUUGGGUCGUGUCUCAAGGACACUAACCGACCGAAUGUCGAUUGUCGAGCAACAGCAUCCAUAGGACCGAAGAAGGCAGCCAGAUAUCGUUCUGUCUUUGUCUCAGAUACUAACAAUAAGUAAACGUUGACAACUUAAUACUAUGAUUAACAUUAAGAAUAAUGUAGGUAUACUGUAGGGAAUUCAAUGUUCGCAAUAAUUAUAUCAUUAUAUGUUAGUUAAUGUAGCGGGCACGAUGGAUACACACGCAGAACAUUCUGUAAUGCGGUAUCGUAUUCUAGUAAGAGAAGAGAAAGGUGAUUUGCGUGUGGCGCCAUCUGCUUUACUUUCAACGGUACUAAUAAUAAGAGUCGCCCGGACUCGAGUGAUGUUGCUAGUAUACACUGAACCGUACGUACGAACGAACGUACGUGCUAAAUAAUAUAACAAAUAAUUUGUGGCGGGCAGCCAUCAUACAACACAGGAUAUUUGAAAUUCAAAAUUCAAGUCCCGAACAACAACAUUCGGUCUGUCGGUCUACCGAGCAAUAUCAUCCGCUCAGCGAAAGAUCUUCCGUUCCUCGUAUAGGUACCCCAAUUAAUUCAAUAACACCUAUAGAUAUAUCAAUGCAAAAAAAUAAAUGUACGUUUUGCAUUGUUCUGAACCCGACUAUGUCUUUGGUUUCACAUCUCUAUAUCUCAAUGAUCUUACGGGGAGUCGCCGUCAGCCCAAGACUCAGGUAUGGUCCGGAUUCCAUUAUGGAUGGUUGGACCAUAAUAUUGUGAUCUACUAUUCUACUUUUUAAGAAAAGCUUUUAAUGGAACUUUAUGAUUGUACGCACUGUGCUUUAUUUAAUAAUAAACAUAAAAUUAAAAUUAAUUUUAAAUCUCAAUUUAAAUAAUCAUAAUAAAUAUUUCGAGGCUCGGAAAAAGUUACCGGUCCAGAGUUUCACAAUAUGACUUUACAUCAAUGUAAUAUAUAUAAAUAAUAUGUAUAAAUAUAAAAUAAUGGUGAUAAGAAAAAACAAAAAAAAAACCAAUAAAAUAUAGUCAAUUACAGUAAUGGAAUAAUAGUAAUGUACAAUAACCUACAUUUUUAGAAUGUGUAAACAAGUAUGGCACGCAAUUAUGGCAUUACAAUUAAUUAAUAUCUUCAAACCAUUUGUGUAUUCAAAAGACACGCUUUUAAAUAUGCUUCAAAAGAAUUUAGAGAUAGAGCUCCUGGUGCCGGAUAGGUGGAGGAAUGUUGUUCCAACAUUUCGAAGCCAAGUAACGAAAGCAAAUAGAAAAUACAAAACAGUUCCAUGCGUCUAAGUUACCUAAGUCUUCCCCUCAAUUGGUCGGUUUGUUUUUACGUAUUUUGAAUUAAGUCACUAUAAUCCAACUCGAGUUUUUAUUUGGGCAUUGAUUAUUUUUCGAACAUCAGUUAAGACACUAAAGAAAAUAGCGUAACGAACAGAAAAAAAAAAUCUUGAGAUAUCAUUCGCUUCGAAUUUCGCUUUAUGGGCGACCCCAAAUCAUCGGUCACAACAAAUAAAUAACACGUCUAAAUUAUAAUUCAUUAAGCGAGGCAUAAACUAUUUUACAAAAUUGAAGUUGUUUGCAAUUAUUAUACAUUCCAUAUUAUUCAAAUUAACUCAGGCAAAUACAAAACUGGGCAUAUUGUAUAUUACCUAUACGUCGUCUAAACUCGAUGUAAUUAUAAUUAUUUUACGAUAGUGUCAUUAAUAAGUAAUAUAAUUAAACAGAUCACUUAACCCAUUGUGUAUGAUCAGUAAUAUACAUGCAUCGUCCCACGAGUCCGGGCCAAUGAAGGACCAAAUCCGUGACUGAAUUCUUGAGUUGGUUCCAAGCAAUGAAUAGUUGUACCGUGCUUCACUCUCUGCACUCGUCGCCGCCGCGGCGCCACGAUCACUACACUACUACACGAGAAUAAUGAAAUAGCACUGAAGUCUGAAUAGUUCGUUGUUGAGACGUGAGUGCAGCUGCAGCACCCGUCACGUCGGAGUGCAUCAUGUACUCGUGCACGUCAUCUCUAAUACACUCGCAACUAACUAUAAUGUAGGAGCCGUGGAGUUCGUACAUAUGUCUACCGAACUAUGUCGAACAAUUAUUAUAUUAACAGUUGAUUUGAUAAAAUAACAUGUUUAACUUAAUCUCGUAACAUGCAUGAUUCGUGCAGUUUGAACGAAGCACACAGACUAGUUUACCCCACAGUGGUAUUUAUCUUAUUAAUAUUAUUGAACAAUUAAAAAGCGGGAUCUCGGCACGAGUGUAGAGUUCCGAAGCGCUCCCAUCUUAGUUAUAGGUUUAGUGUGUUCUCGCCGUUAUGAAUGGUGAGACGGUCUUAGAGACAUCCGCGUCGAAGAAUUUAGUCACGCUAAUGGACUUGCUCUGCAGGAGGCUUACGUCUUUCGAUUUUACUAAGCGGUACCUGUAGAUAUUUAGUACACAACUUCGUAUAACGCUCUGUCUUUUUGUAAUAAAUUGUGUUGUAGUGUUA